AUGGGUGCCACUGUUUCGAAUCUGAUUUAUGGUGAAAUGGCACCACCCGAGGGAGCCUCCAUCCUCGAAAUGAACGAUGAGCACACAGACUUGGCCACCGACAAAUCGUGCCCCGUCUUCACCGAGGCGAUGGCGCGCAAGUUCGACUUCCCGAAGGUGCAGCUGCAUUUGCACCUUGAUGGCGCCGUGCGGUACACGACACUCUGGGAGAUGUGCAGCAAGAAGAACAUGCCGGUGGAAGGGUGCACAGAUAUCGAGUCGUUCAAAAAGGCAUUAAUCUCCACAAAGCCUGGAAACCUGUCCCAAGUGCUUGAAGCCUUCCGAAUCAUUCUACCGCGCCUGGCUGGAGACCUCGAAUCGGUGGAGCGACUAGCCUACGAGACUUGCGAGGAUCAGCACAACAACGGUGUUAUCUAUUUCGAGGCUCGAUAUGCCCCACAUUUCUUGGCCAACACCGGGCCAGGAAUUGACUACGACAAAACGUACCACAAGGAUGGGCCGGUGAAAGCCGACGACGUUAUUCGAGCGGUACACCGAGGCUUCGCUCGCGCAAAGGCCGAUUUUGGCGUAGAGGCGCGAUCGAUUCUCUGUUGCAUUCGCGCACACGACGAAUGGAAUCAGGAGAUUUUGAAGCUUGUGGAUGAGUUCCGCGAUUCGGGUGUCGUCGCCAUCGAUAUUGCUGGCUGCGCUGAUGGUGCUGAUGAGAAAUAUGAGCCGUCCGCCAUCAUGGUCUUCAAGAAAGCCUACGAGCUUGGCAUCCAUCGCACCGUGCACAGCGGUGAGGCCGGGACCGACAAAGAAGUCAUAAUGGCAAUCGAAGAGAUGCACGCCGAACGAAUUGGUCACGGCUAUCGCAUCAUGCGCAACCCCGAAGAGUACAAGAAGCGAUUUGUUGAUAGUCACGAACACCAUCUGGAGGCGUGUCCCUACUCCUCCGUGAUGACCGGAUCAGUACCGUUGAAUUGGCCAGCGCAUCCGAUCAAAACUUGGAUUGCCGACGGCGUGAACUUUUCAUUGUCGUGCGACGACCCCACAUGCUUCGACAACACGGUCUGCACCGAGCUCGAACUGGUACACACGCGAAUCGGCCUGACGAAGCAUCAGCUGUGGCAAACGCAACUCAACGGCGCCCGUGCCGCGUUCUGCAACGACGAGCUGAAGCAGCAGAUCGUUGACAAGAUCCUCAAGGCCGAACCGCCCAAGGAA